GUCUAUGGGCGGAGUAUGUUAGUCAAUGGUAAGUUCGUUCUAGUUCAAUCUUUUCGUAAAAUUUCCUUCUUUCAUUUUAUUACGAAGAAAAAUGGCUGAUAAUAAAUUAUACGAAAUAUUGGGUGUUUCCAGAAAUGCAAGUGAAUCAGAAAUAAAAAGAAGUUAUCAUAAAUUGGCUAAAGAAUUCCAUCCUGAUAAAAAUCCCGCUGCGGGUGACAAAUUCAAGGAAAUUAGCUACGCCUAUGAAGUGUUGUCCGAUCCUAAGAAAAGAACAAUUUAUGAUAAAUAUGGGUUGAAAGGGUUGCAAGAAGGUGAUGGUCAAGGAGGAGGAUUCCCACCUGAUGACUUGUUGGGUCACUUUUUUGGUGACAUAUUUGGUAUGGGCGGUGGUAGCCGAAGCCGAGGCCCUGCGCGUGGCGAAGAUACAAUUCAUCCUCUAAAGGUGUCUCUUGAAGACAUGUAUGUGGGGAAAACAGCCAAAUUGCAAUUAAGUAAAAAUGUGAUUUGUGGUCCUUGUAAAGGCAUUGGUGGGAAGCCAGGAUCUGUGGUGUCUUGUAAGGACUGUCAUGGACAGGGUAUAAAAGUGUCUUAUCAACAAAUAGCCGCCCACAUGACUCGUCAGUUCCAAUCCCGUUGUCCUACAUGUCAUGGACAAGGUGAAAUAAUUAAUGAAAAGGAUAGAUGUCCUAAAUGCAAAGGAAAAAAAGUCUUAAAUGAGACUAAAAUUCUGGAAGUACAUAUUGAAAAAGGUAUGAGGGAAAAUCAGAAAAUAUACUUCAGAGGUGAAGGAGAUCAGCAACCUGACACCCAGCCAGGAGAUGUCAUCAUUGUUCUCCAACAGAAACCACAUGAAGUGUUCCAAAGGACUGGUCAGGAUGACCUCGUUAUGAAGCAUGAAAUUACCCUGACUGAAGCAUUGUGUGGCUUUGAAUUUGUUGUGAAACAUUUAGAUGGCAGAGAUUUACUUGUAAAACAUGCUCCAGGAGAUGUCAUCAAGCCAGGUGACUUAAAAGGCAUAUUAGGGGAAGGUAUGCCUCAAUACAAGAAUCCAUUUGAAAAAGGAAAUCUAUAUAUUAAAUUUGAUGUAAUUUUCCCUGAAAACAACUUUGCGCCUGAGGAAAAGCUGAAAGAAAUAGAGAGUAUAUUGCCUCCACGACCUGCUUUUGUUAUGCCAACUGGAGAUGAUGUAGAAGAGGUAAAUCUAAUGGAUUAUACAGCUAGUGAGCGUGGCCGAGGCAGAGAAGAAGCUUAUGCCAGUGAUGAUGAUGAACAUAUGCAUGCUGGACCUGGUGUGCAGUGUGCUCAUCAGUAGUUCAAUUAAUCCAUCAUGGAUUUUCUACUCAAACCUCACACUAUGUAAUUUUAUCAUAGGUAGUUUAAUAUAAUACAUACUUGUAAUGACACUUAUACUUAUAGUUUUCAAAGCAGAGUUUUUGACCAUGUGCAGGUACAUUUAAAUUGCAAAUAGAUUAUUGUGAUCAAUGGUCACAUUACAUCAAAUAAGUAGUCUUAUUAUUUUGCUAUUUAUAACAGCCUUGUAUAGAUAUAAUGUUUUAUCUUUUGAGCAUGAUAUGAUUAAAAUGCUAGUGAGAGUUAUUCAAUCAAUUCAUUCCAGGGACUUUUUGUAUAUGGAUGAGGCAAUAAUCAUAAAUCUAUUUGAGACAUUGUCAUGUUAUAUAUCAUUUCCACAUUGUGUAUCAGCUCCACCACCUUAUGUUCAAACUUUAUUUAGUGGUUUUGGGUAACUUGUGUAAAGUUUCUUCCAUUAUGUGUAAAUUAAAUUUUAAUUAAUUUAAUUUGUUUACUACAUUAAUAUUGCCAUUCUGGAAGAAUUUCUUAAUUGGGGGCACAACUAAAUAAAAUGAACCAAAUAUUUUUUGUGUUAAUUUAUUUUCUUUAAUCAUUUACAUAUUUCGAAGAUACUGUAAUUUUAAACAUAUAGAUAACUAUGUAUGUAUUAUUGCCUGGUAAAUAAUAAAAAAAAUAAUUAA